UCAAGGCGCGGUCCGCGUCCGCCGGCAGAAAAAACGGCUUAAAGGCGACGCGUGGCGCGAUGGCGGCGGCCCCACGCGCGUGCAGGCGGGGCUGGCGGCCGCGCCCGGUGCUGCUGCUGCUGCUGCUGCUGGCGCUGCCGCCCCCGGGGGGCCCGCCGGGCGCCGCCGCCUACUUCCCCGAGGAGCGCUGGAGCCCGGAGUCGCCGCUGCAGGCGCCGCGAGUCCUCGUCGCGCUGCUGGCGCGCAACGCGGCCCACGCGCUGCCCGCCACGCUGGGCGCGCUCGAGCGGCUGCGGCACCCGCGGGAGCGCACGGCGCUGUGGGUGGCCACGGACCACAACUCAGACAAUACGUCGGCUGUGCUGCGCGAAUGGCUGGUGGCUGUGAAGAGUUGGUACCACUCUGUGGAGUGGCGGCCGGCGGAGGAGCCCAGGUCCUACCCGGACGAGGAGGGCCCCAAACACUGGUCCGACUCGCGCUACGAGCACGUUAUGAAGUUGCGCCAGGCAGCCCUGAAAUCUGCCCGGGACAUGUGGGCCGAUUACAUCCUGUUUGUGGAUGCAGACAACCUGAUCCUCAACCCUGACACACUGAGCCUCCUCAUCGCCGAGAAUAAGACCGUGGUGGCCCCGAUGCUGGAUUCGCGGGCUGCGUACUCCAACUUCUGGUGUGGGAUGACUUCCCAGGGCUACUACAAACGCACACCUGCCUACAUCCCCAUCCGCAAGCGGGACCGUCAGGGCUGCUUUGCGGUUCCCAUGGUGCACUCGACCUUCCUGAUCGACCUGCGGAAGGCGGCCUCCAGGAACUUGGCAUUCUACCCUCCUCACCCCGACUACACCUGGUCCUUUGACGACAUCAUCGUCUUUGCCUUCUCCUGCAAGCAAGCAGAGGUCCAGAUGUACGUCUGCAACAAGGAGGUAUAUGGCUUCCUGCCAGUGCCGCUGCGGGCGCACAGCAGCCUCCAGGAUGAGGCCGAGAGCUUCAUGCACGUGCAGCUGGAGGUCAUGGUGAAGCACCCACCGGCGGAGCCCUCCAGGUUCAUCUCCGUGCCCACCAGGACGCCUGACAAGAUGGGCUUUGACGAGGUCUUCAUGAUCAACCUGAAGCGACGGCAGGACCGGCGGGACCGCAUGCUGCGGGCGCUGCGGGAGCAGGAGAUCGAGUGCCGGCUCGUGGAGGCCGUGGAUGGCAAAGCCAUGAACACCAGCCAGGUGGAGGCGCUGGGCAUCCAGAUGCUGCCCGGCUACCGGGACCCCUACCACGGGCGGCCCCUCACCAAGGGCGAGCUGGGCUGCUUCCUCAGCCACUAUAACAUCUGGAAGGAGGUGGUGGACCGCGGGCUGCAGAAGUCACUUGUGUUCGAGGACGACCUGCGCUUUGAGAUCUUCUUCAAGAGACGCCUGCUGAACCUCAUGCGGGACGUGGAACGGGAGGGUCUGGACUGGGACCUCAUCUACGUGGGCCGGAAGAGGAUGCAGGUGGAGCGGCCGGAGAAGGCUGUGCCCCGUGUGAGGAACCUGGUGGAGGCCGAUUACUCCUACUGGACGCUGGCCUACGUGAUCUCCCUGCAAGGCGCCCGCAAGCUGCUGGCGGCCCAGCCCCUCUCCAAGAUGCUGCCUGUCGACGAGUUCCUGCCCGUCAUGUUUGACAAGCACCCAGUGUCUGAGUACAAGGCCCACUUCUCGCCCCGCAACCUUCGCGCCUUCUCGGUGGAGCCCCUGCUCAUCUACCCCACGCACUACACAGGGGACGAUGGCUACGUGAGUGACACGGAGACCUCGGUCGUGUGGAACAACGAACACGUCAAGACCGACUGGGACCGUGCCAAAUCCCAGAAGAUGCGCGAGCAGCAGGCACUGAGUCGCGAGGCCAAGAACUCAGACGUGCUGCAGUCCCCGCUGGACAGCGCCGCCCGAGACGAGCUCUGAGGGGCUGCGGCCGAAACACCAAAGCAGGCGUCGCUGGCCCAGCCUCCUUGUGCUCGCCGGGGACAGAAGGGCCACCCCCCCCAGCCCCCUGCGGACCCCCGGCCGGCCGCAGAGGGCCCUCCACGCAAGGCGGUAUCCAGCCAGCUCUUGUUCAGCAACCACGUGCACGCAGGCAGCUUUAAUGGAGUGCCUACUGUAUGCCGGGAACGGGGCCCGGAACCGGGGGGAUCAGAUGGGAACGAGACACGUUCCUGUCUUCAGGGGCCGAACACCUGAAGUCCCCGCUGUGUCCCAGGCUUCUGUGUUAGCGGCAGUGAGCGAGGCGCAGUUAUUCCGUAGGCCAGUGAUCGAUUCAGUCGUCAAGGUUCUACCGACCUCCCCUCCCCCCACCGCCCCAAGAAUCAGCACUAGUGAUACACAGUCAUUGUUUUGAUUCAUUUAAGUAUUUAUUGAACGCCUACUGUAGGCUGGGCACCAACCAUCCUAGGCUCUGGGAAUAUUGAGAUUGACCAGCCCCUUUCGUUCAUUUCUUCCAACAACACAUCCGAGCACCCGCUCUGUGCCUGCCUGGUACUCGUGACACAAAGACAAGUUCUCACAGACUCAGAGCAUUUAUCGAGUGCCUGCUGUGCGCUGGGGAUGAAGAGAAACAAGGUGCUUUUCAUGCUUCGAUGGGUUUCCUCCCCCCCCACCCCCCACCCCAUCUAAAGAGCACCUACAGGCAUUAGCGAUACAGUGUAACACUCGCCGGGGUCGGCACCGGGUCACCUACGUGUGUGCCGGGCCACGUGCUAAGUGCCGGGCCACCGAGAUGCACAAGACGAGUCUUUUAUCUCUUUGUGCAGCGGGCAUUUAUUGAACGCCUGCUGUGUACCAGACCUCAUGGACUCCCAGUGGGACUGGGGAAUGAUUGGCUGAGUUUGACCCCUGCCCACCCCUCCCCACCCCGGUCACCCAAGCUUGUGCAGACAAAAUCCCCCCCCCACCACCCAGGAGGGAGGGUGGCUCUUCCCUCACCGGGGGCGGCUGCGGGUCCCAGUGACCACAGGGCCACACGCAAGCUCCCCUAGACCCAGCCCCCCUGGAGGGGGCAAGGGAUGAAUACGGGGGCUGGGUCUCCUGUGCUCACCCCUGCUCCUGUUUGGACCCGUCCCCCUGUUGGCUCGACCUCCCCGGCCUGCGUCCCACGUGUGGGUCCUGCCUGCGCAGUGGGGUUCCUGUGUUCAAGCCUUCGGUGGGGUUGUUUGUGUGUUUGGGGCCUUGCGUGGGCUCCGCUGCCCUCCCCCCGCGUCGGUCCUGCCUGAGGCCUGGGCAGGAUGUCCCCCAGCGGGGGCUGGAGGGCUUGCUGUGUCUUUGGCCUGGAAUGAAUGUCAGAGCCAGGACUUUGCUCUCGUAGGGACGACUGCUCACUGGGUCAGGUCCUGGAUAACUUGCUUAUUUUUUUAUUAAAUGUUCCCGGUUGGUUUUCACAUAAA